GACCAUAGAUGAGGUAGAAACAGACGUGGUGGAGAUAGAAGUCAAGCUUGAUAAGCUGGUAAAGCUAUGCAGCAAUAUGGUAGAUGCCGGGAAAGCGUACAUCAUCACCAAUAAACAGUUUGUCGGCGGAGUUCGAGAUCUCUCCCAGCAGUGCAAGAAAGAUGAAAUGAUCUCGGAAUGCUUGGAUAAAUUUGGAGACAGUUUGCAGGAAAUGGUCAACUAUCACAUGAUCCUUUUCGAUCAAGCUCAGAGAUCUGUCCGACAACAGCUGAACAACUUUGUGAAAGAGGAUGUCCGCAAGUUCAAGGAGACCAAAAAACAGUUCGACAAAGUCCGAGAAGACAUGGAGAUUGCGUUGGUCAAGAACGCACAAGCCCCACGGCACAAGCCCCACGAAGUAGAAGAGGCCACUGGCACGCUGACGAUCACCAGGAAAUGUUUCCGGCACUUGGCCCUGGAUUACGUCUUGCAG